GCCUUGUUCCUCUUGCGCAUUUUCAUGGCCAGGGCGCACAGGUACAUUAUAUACGCUAGCGUUGUAUGUAUAUUGGUCAUGUCGUUUGUCUACCUCUUCAUUGUUUUAUUCCAGUGUAGCCCAAUCUCGCAUUUCUACGGCCAAGUCCUCGGGCAGCCUGGCACCUGCGUUGACCAGAAUAUAGUUCCCGGAGCCACCACUGCGUUUAGUGUAGUUAGUGCUGCUGUCGACUUUGUGCUAGCACUCAUGCCCAUCGCCAUCUUGUGGAACGUUAGACUCGGCAAGCCAACGAAAUUCGGCAUUGCUGCCCUGGGCACUGGGAUUUUGUAA